AUGCACACCCUGACGCCCAUUGCGGCCUCGUCCCUGUCGCUGCCGACGGACAGCUACAUCUACUCCCUCACCCCCGCUGCGCCAGGUUCCUUCGCGGCCAUCUCCUCGGAUGACUCGCUGCGCGUGUUGGAUGCUGCCAACCUCGAUCGCGGGUCGGUGAUAGCUCGCAAAACCCACGACGGGGGCGUCACGGCCCUGCGCACCUACAGCUCGGGGGAUGCCCAGCUGCUAGCCACGGCGGGUCGGGAUGGCCGAGUGAGGCUGUGGGAUGCUCGGGCCGGGAAUGGCUCGGCGGUGGUGGAAAUGGAGACUGUGAAACAUGCUCCCGUGCUCUCGGUAGCCUGCAACGCAGAGACGACCACCGUCGUCGCCGGCACAGAACUGGUGUCGUCGCAGGCAGUCGUGGCAUUUUGGGAUAUCAGAUCUCCGGCCGCGUGCCGGCUACAGUACGUGGAGAGUCACAACGACGACAUCACUGAGCUCCAAUAUCACCCGACCCGCAGCAACAUCGUACUCUCCGGCAGCACGGACGGACUAGUCAACAUCUACGACACGACCAUCACCGAUGAGGACGACGCCCUCGUGCAGGUGAUCAACCACGGCUCGGUCCACCACGCCGGGUUUCUGUCCGAGCGCACCAUCUACGCCCUGAGCCACGACGAGCUCUUUUCCGUGCACCCGGCCACGGACCCGGACGAGCCCACGCAGGAGCCCGAGCCCGUGCACUUCGGGGACGUACGUCAGCCGCUUGGCUGCGAGUACAUUGCGCAGCUGUGCAUCGGGAGCCAGGGACCGUACAUUGCUGCUGGGAACAAGGCUGAUCAACGCCUGGAUUUGAUUCCCCUUGUCUCGGAUCCGACGUGGCGGUUUGACCAAGAUAGCCUGUGGCGCCUCCCCGGCGCCCACGGCGAGGAGGUCGUACGCUCGGUGUAUUUGGAUGAACAGAGCCAAUCCGUGUUCACUUGCGGCGAGGACGGAUUUGUGCGGGUGUGGAAACCGGCAGAUGAGGAUGCCCAAGCUCCUGCGGAGGCGGCAAAGAGCGCACGGCCCAAGGAGAAGAGGCCGAAGGAUCGCUUUAAGCCGUAUUGA